AUGGACGCGACAGCAGAAGCUCGCAGCGGAGAAGGAGCACGCCACGGCGGCGAGCAAGAAAAAGAUGACCAGACGGAGAAGAAGGUGUCGUUGCUCGGCAUGUUCAGGUACGCCGACAGCCUCGACGUGCCGCUCAUGGUGGUCGGCUCGCUGGGGGCGGUGGGCAACGGCGUGGCGGGGUCCCUCAUGUUGGUCGUCUUUGGAGACGCCAUCAACUCCUUCGGGGAGAGCACCACCAGCACCGUCCUCCCCGCUGUCACCAAGGUUGUUCUCAACUUCGUAUAUUUGGGCAUUGGGAUAGCAGUUGCUUCCUUUCUUCAGAUGUCAUGCUGGACAAUGUCAGGAGAAAGGCAGUCAGCCCGCAUCCGUUCUUUGUACCUGAAAUCAGUUCUGAGGCAAGAUAUUGCAUUUUUCGACAUAGAAAUGACAACUGGUGAAGCAGUUUCUAGAAUGUCUAGCGAUACGGUCAUAAUUCAAGAUGCUCUUGGUGAGAAGGGAGGGAAGCUUGUACAAGCCAUAUCUGCCUUCUUUGGGGGUUUUAUCAUAGCAUUCACAAAAGGCUGGCUCCUGACUCUUGUCAUGCUAACGUCACUACCAUUAGUUGCUAUCGCCGGUGCAGUGUCUGCACAGCUGCUAACCCGGGUUUCUAGCAAGCGACUAACAUCGUAUAGUGAUGCUGCAGACACAGUUGAACAGACAAUUGGAUCUAUACGAACAGUUGUGUCCUUCAAUGGAGAGAAGAAAGCUAUAGAAAUGUAUAAUAAAUUCAUAAAGAAAGCCUACAAGACUGCUGUUGAGGAAGGCCUUGUCAAUGGUUUUGGCAUGGGCUCUGUCUUCUGCAUCAUAUUUAGCAGCUAUGGUCUAGGGUUCUGGUAUGGUGGAAAGCUAAUCAUUGACAAAGGAUACACUGGAGGGAAGAUCGUCACUGUUUUGUUUGCCGUAAUGACUGGUGCAACUUCAUUAGGUAGUGCAACACCAUCAAUUUCUGCAAUUGCAGAAGGUCAAUCUGCAGCAUACAGACUGUUCGAAACAAUAGAGAGGAAACCUGAAAUAGAUUCAGAUGAUAUGAGUGGCAUGGUCUUGGAAAAUAUCAAGGGUGAUGUUGAGCUAAAGGAUGUGUACUUUCGCUACCCUGCAAGACCCGGGCAGUUAAUAUUAGAUGGAUUAUCAUUACAAGUAGCCAGUGGAACAACAAUGGCCAUAGUUGGAGAGAGUGGAAGUGGCAAGUCAACUGUUAUCAGCCUAGUUGAAAGAUUCUAUGAUCCACAGGCUGGCGAAGUUUUGAUAGAUGGAGUCAACAUCAAGAAUCUGAGUCUUGAUUGGAUAAGAGGGAAGAUCGGCCUUGUUAGCCAAGAACCAUUGUUGUUUAUGACCUCUAUUAAAGAUAACAUAAUCUAUGGUAAAGAAAAUGCAACACUUGAAGAGAUCAAGAGAUCAGCCGAGCUUGCAAAUGCAGCAAAUUUCAUCGAUAAGUUACCAAAUGGCUACGAUACAUUGGUUGGCCAACGUGGCACUCUACUUUCUGGAGGACAAAAGCAAAGAAUUGCAAUUGCGAGAGCCAUCCUUAAAGAUCCAAAAAUCCUUUUGCUAGAUGAAGCAACAAGUGCAUUGGAUGUGGAAUCUGAGAGGAUAGUCCAGGAGGCAAUCAAUAGGAUAUUGGUAGAAAGAACCACACUUGUCGUUGCUCAUCGUUUGAGCACUGUAAGGAAUGUUGACUGCAUCACAGUCGUUCAUCAAGGGAAAAUAGUCGAACAAGGUCCACAUCAUGCAUUGGUAAAGGAUCCCAAUGGAGCUUACUCCCAGCUUAUUAGGCUACAAGAAACUCGUGGUGAUGAAAGACGUAAAAUACAGGAUUCCGAAGUGCCCAAUUCCUUAUCAAAAAGCACUAGUUUGUCAGUUAGACGGUCAAUGACUAAUGUUUCUUUUGGCAAUAGCAACAGACACUCCUUCAAGAACACAUUAGGACUAUCAGUUGAGUUGCAUGAGGAUGCAAUCACAGGUGAACAGAACAAUGAGGACCUUCCCGAUGGGAUGACCCUUCAGAAAGAAGCAGUUGGACGCCUUUUUUAUCUUAACAAGCCGGAGGUACCAUUUCUUCUGCUCGGCGCUAUAGCAGCAUCAGUGCAUGGAGUCAUUUUGCCAUUGUACGGCCUACUAAUGUCUGGCAGUAUAAAAUCAUUCUACGAGCCACCAGAUAAGCUGCGAAAAGAUUCUAGCUUUUGGGCAUUGAUAUUUGUAGUUCUGGGGAUUGCAUCUUUCAUUGCAAUCACAGCAGAAUAUCUUUUGUUUGGAAUUGCUGGUGGCAAGCUUAUAGAGCGUGUUCGUACUCUGUCAUUUCAAAAUAUUGUGCAUCAGGAAGUUGCUUGGUUUGAUAAUCCCUCAAAUUCCAGUGGUGCACUUGGUACACGACUCUCAGUUGACGCAUUAAACGUUCGGCGCUUAGUAGGAGAUAACCUGGGCCUUAUAGUACAGUCUACAGCUUCAUUAAUCGGUGGCUUUGUCAUAGCGUUUACGGCAGACUGGAGGCUUGCACUGAUUAUCACUUGUGUCAUUCCUUUAUUGGUUGCACAGGGUUAUGCUCAAGCAAAGUUCUUGAAGGGGUUUGGUGAAGAAGCUAAGGAGAUGUAUGAAGAUGCAAGUCAAGUUGCAACUGACGCUGUUGGUAGUAUCAGAACGAUAGCAUCUUUCUGUGCAGAGAAAAGAGUGGUUACAACAUAUAACAAGAAAUGUGAAGCUUUAAGGAAACAGGGAAUUCAAAGUGGAAUCGUUGGAGGGCUUGGUUUUGGUUUCUCAUUCAUGGUGUUGUAUUUUACGUUUGCUCUAUGCUUCUAUGUUGGUGCACAGUUUGUACGUCAGGGAAAAGCUACUUUUGCAGACGUUUCCAAAGUUUUCUUUGCCUUGGUUUUUGCAACUGUUGGGGUUUCGAGCGCAAGUGCAUUGGCAUCUAAUGCGACAAAAGCAAAGGAUUCAGCCAUUUCUGUUUUCAGUAUUCUAGAUCGGAAGUCAAAAAUCAAUACAAAUAGCGAUGAGGGCAUGAUGCUGGAAAAUGUCACUGGCGACAUUGAAUUCAGUAAUGUCAGUUUCAAGUACCCAUCACGGCCUGAUGUCCAAAUAUUCAGUGACUUUACUUUGCACAUUCCUUCCAGAAAGACCAUAGCACUAGUUGGAGAGAGUGGUAGUGGAAAGUCCACAAUAAUUUCUUUACUGGAGCGUUUCUAUGAUCCUGAUUCUGGUAGUAUCUCAGUAGAUGGAGUCGAGAUUAAGAGCCUGAAAAUUAGCUGGUUAAGGGAUCAGAUGGGGCUGGUAGGCCAGGAGCCAGUUCUUUUCAACGACACAAUCCGUGCAAACAUAACAUACGGGAAACACGGGGAGGUGACAGAGGAAGAGGUUACGGGUGUGGCCAAGGCAGCAAAUGCUCAUGAGUUUAUAUCAAGCUUGCCACAGGGAUACGACACUCUGGUUGGCGAGAAAGGAGUGCAACUAUCUGGUGGACAGAAGCAGCGGGUAGCCAUCGCAAGGGCCAUUAUAAAGGACCCGAAGAUACUACUGCUUGACGAGGCGACCAGCGCCCUGGACGCGGAAUCAGAGCGCAUCGUUCAGGACGCGUUGGAUCGAGUCAUGGUGAGCAGGACCACCAUAGUGGUGGCGCACCGCCUCUCCACAAUCAAAGGGGCUGAUGCGAUUGCGGUCCUCAAGGAAGGCAAAAUUGCAGAAAAGGGAAAUCAUGAGGCCCUGAUGCGGAUCAAGGAUGGAGUCUAUGCUUCGCUAGUAGAACUUCGCUCAAAUUCCAAGUAGAACUGUCUAUAUUUGACAUUCAUUAUUUUCCUUUUGAUUCUUACUACUCCCUCCGUACCAAAAUAUAAGACGUAUUUGAACUACAAAAACGUCUUAUAUUUUGGUAGAGGGAGUACAUCCGUUUGUUCCUAGUACAAUUAUUUUGCCAGGCAAUACAGUGUUUUGUGAUUUGAGAAGUGAAUGCAACAUGGUUACCCGUAUGCAAGCCGACAUCAAUAAAUAAUUGCUUUUAAAUACUAACUAAAAACUGCAGCAGUAUUGGUAGUCUGAUAGAAGAACGCCUA